UGUACUUUCAAUUGAUAUCAACAACAAAAUUGAGUCUUAGUUAUUACCCAAACUAUUAAAAAAAAAAAAAAUGCCCCCAAAGAUUCGGCCAAUUCCUUUGCCUACUGGAUAUUUAGCACAAGGAUUUGAACAAGUACUUGAUAUAUACACGUAGGUUGCCGCAAAAAAAAAAAAAUAUUAAAUACUAGACUGAGACUGAGACUUGAGUGAGACUUGUGACUUGAGUGACUCGCACUUCACAGUAGCCUAGUAAUAGACUUAAUAGUAGUAGCCUACUGAGUAGUCCGAGCGAGUGUUUGUAGAAUGUAGCCGUAGCCUACACUGUAGACUCACUAGUCAGUCAGUAGUUAUCAGUAAUCAAACCAGAACCCUUCUGAGUGAUCUGAGAACUCAGGAUAACAUUUAAUUAAUCAUCAAUUUAUAAAUAGCCAGCUAAUAUACCCAUGCUUCACUACCGGGAGGUUGUGCUUUUAUAAUUUAAUUGAUUGAUUUUUACAAAAUGUGUAGCCGAUAUUUUGUGCACAUUACAGGUCCAUUACCUCCAUUUUAUUGCAUAUAUCAUAUAAUAAUAUUAGUAAGUUAGUAAGUGAUACCUGAUCUGAUAGAUCAUUUGAAAAGGAAACACUUGACCAUUGUAGGGAAUAUUUGCAGGUGAGGAGGAGGGGAUUUAAUUACUCAUACUCAUUGUUUAUUGGACGUCUGAAGUCAUCUUUAAUGUUUUUAAAUUGAUGACACAAAAAUGGUUCAUCUCCUGUGAGACUGUGAGGUGUUACCAAUAAAUACCACAUACAUUUUUUAAAUAGCCAUAAUGGUAGGCUUGUUUGCUACAAUCAGCCGCUUAUUUUACCACUCAACAUAAUAUACAAUAUUUUUUUUUAUUUAUCCCCAAAUAGUAUUUCAUUCACUACUGCUUCUAACCCCUUGAAUGUUGAUGAUGAUUGAAUACUUUUAUCGCAUGCUCACAGCACUCUGAUGUCUUAAAAUCUAUUUAAAGAAAAAAGUAUUUGAAUGCUGCUUAAAUGAUUUUUUGAUCAUUUUCAAUUUUGCCCAAAGAUUGAGGCAAACUGUUCCAUAAUUUUGGCGCUAUAGCUUCAAAAGAGUGACCUCGUAUAAAUAUUAUUGAUUGGUGCAUCACAAAAUCCAUGGGUCACCCAACCAACAUUAAAUGAAAUAUAGGAUGUGAUCUUCACCAUACAAAAAUAACAAAGCCCCAGGAAUAGACCUUAUCUCUGCAGAACUGAUAAAGCUAAGUGGUAACGAACUGCAUAGGAAAAUCCAUGACCUCAUAUCCAGAAUCUGGCAGGAGGAAGAAAUGCCAAUAGAAUGGGACACUGCACUCAUAAUCCCAAUUCACAAAAAAGGAUCUAAGUUGGUCUGCUCAAACUACAGAGGAAUCUCCCUCAAUGUAAUGUACAAAAUCCUCACAAAACUUCUAGCCAGAAAACUGGAAAAGUAUAGUGAACAGAUCCAGCAGAAUAGAUCAACCACAGAUCAUAUUUUUACUAUAAGAAGACUCCUGGAGAAAUGUUACGAAUAUAACAUCGACAAAUACCAACUAUACAUGGAUUAAAAAACACCAUACAAUAGCGUAGACAGGAAUUACUUAUACAAUGCUCUACAAUAACUUGGAGUCCCUAACAAGAUGAUGGCUGACUCCAAAAGUAGAAUCAAGGUGUAGGGAGAAUACUCAAGGGAGUUCCCAGUUAAUGGGGGCAUAGACAAGGAGACUUACUAUCAUGUAUCCUGUUUAACAUCGCGCUAGAAAAAGUUAUUAGAAGCAUACACGUCGGCACCAGUGGAACCAUAACAAGCUACUUCAGGAGGGGUGUUACAGGACAGCAACCCUCAGGAACUUUAUAUAGCCAGCCAUUGGAGUACCUGGCAUAUGCAGACGAUAUAGCCAGCCAUUGCAGAUCCUGGCAUAUGCAGACGAUAUAGCCAGCCAUUGCAGAUCCUGGCACAUGCAGACGAUAUAGCCAGCCAUUGCAGUUCCUGGCAUAUGCAGACGAUAUAGCCAGCCAUUGCAGUUCCUGGCAUAUGCAGACGAUAUAGCCAGCCAUUGCAGAUCCUGGCAUAUGCAGACGAUAUAGCCAGCCAUUGCAGAUCCUGGCAUAUGCAGACAAUAUAGCGCUUCUGGGUAGAAACAGUAAUGACACAUAAUUAAAGCAUUCAGGGAACUUGAAAAUGUCUCAGUCAAAGCUGGUCUUGAUGUAAAUGACCCAAAGAAUAAAUAUAUGAUAAUUUCACGAAACUCCCACGCUGAUGACAACAUCAAUAUAAACAACCACAAAUUUGAGAGAGGGGCUACAUUCAAAUAUCUAAGGGUAACUAUAAACAAGCACAAUGAAAUAAUGUCGGAGGUGAAAGAAAGGAUAACAGCAGGCAAUAGUUCCUAUUUCAGCCUACAGUUACUGUGACGCAAAAACCUCUCAAGGGGAACAAAGAAGACAAUAUACACCACUAUCAUAAGAUAAGUAGUAACUUACGCUAGUGAGACUUAGACCCUUACCAGAAAAGCAGAGAACCUUCUCAAUACAUGGGAGAGGAAAAUCCUCAGAAAAAUAUUCAGCCCAGUGAUGGAAAAUGAUAUCUGGAGAAUCCGUACAAAUCAAGAUCUAUACCAAUUGUACAAAGAUCCACCCAUAGUCGCAAAAAUAAAAAAAGGCAGACUGCGCUGGGCAGGAAAUAUUGAAAGGAUGCCGGAAUAUAGAGCAGUAAAAGUGAUAUACAGGCAGAAAACUAGGGGCAAAUGACUCACUGGUCGCCUAAGGCUGAGAUGGAUUGACGAUGUAGAGAAAGAUUUACACCUGUAAAACGCCACAGGAGACUUAUCCAUCAUUGAUCAACCAAACUUAAAGCCAUGGAUCGUUCUGAAUGGUAGGAUGUGGUGGAGCAAUGGGCCCUACAAGGGCUGUAGCGGCACUGGUGAUGAUGAUGGUGCGUCACAAAAAUAAAAUGCCACAUAUCACAAUAAACCCAGUGAGUCAUGUGUUUUAAGAAUGUUCUCAGAAUGGAUUCUCCCCUUUUCCAAUCUGACACCUGAGGCUCGCUCUAAAAUUUAUAAAAUUUGAAAAAAAUAUUUUAGGUAUUAAAAUUAAUUGUGGCAAUAUCAGCUUCUAUCGUAUCAAAUUUGAUGUUUCUAGGAUGAUGGAAAAUGCAUUUUUGUCUUUAUAUAAAAAAACCCACACAAUUCCCUCCCUUGGGGGAGAGAUUAAAAAACAAAUUUCAAUUUUUCUAAGGUUUUUGAUGGCAUCAGCCUCAAUGUUGUCAAGCUUUUAGGUUAACUAGAAUUCCUCCAUUAAUUCUGGAUUUUUUGUGUGUGAUUGAAUGCACUACACUUGCUUUUAUAUUAUAGAUGUAUAGUAAAUUUAAAAAAAAUAGUUUAUACUAGAACAAAACUACUCAAAUGAAAAUUGAAAUGGAUCAACUAUUAAUCAGAUUAAUAUUGGUCAGUCACUCUCUUUUAAAAACAAGUCUUUUUACUUUGUUUCAACUGUCUAAACUAACAUAAUCUAGUACAAUGUGUCUCAAACUUUUAAGUUUGGUUGAUCAAUGAUGGAUAAGUCUCCUGUGGCGUUUGACCAGGGACCCCUACAGGUACCAGAGAUGUUAAUUAUUUUUAUCUUUUUAUUUGACCAUGAACAUGUCAUAAAAUAGUGCUAAAUAGUAAAAAAUAGCGAGGCAAAUUAUGCUUGCACCUGGUUACAUUAUCUUGGUACUCUUAGUCUUAGACACUUCCAUUUUAUUUUUUUGACAUAAAAAGAGAAAGGGGGAUAAUCACAUAUUUUAUCUUGGCUGAGGAAGCUAAAUUAAAGGCAAAUGAAAUAACCUAGCAUUACUAGCAUAUUUUAAUUUGUGGUGGAAUUAAGUUUUUUUUUUAUGCCACUUCCUCAUAAUUUUAACUCCAUGAGCCAAAAGAAGUAUAUUGGUUGUUGUUUGUCUAGUUGAUGUUUAGUGCCUUAAAAGGCAAUCACAAUGAAACCUCUCAUAUGCUUGGCUUGGUUGUGAUUUCAUAAUGGACCAACCAAUGAUUAUAUCAUUUGUAUGAUGAGUUAAUUAAUCCAUUAGUUUUCCCUCAAAGAAAUCUAAAUAUCUUCUAAUUUUCUCACUUUUACAGUGAACAAUUUUCCAAGGGUGUAGAAAGGGGUAGCAGCUUUGCAGCAUACUAUAAAGGACAACCUGUAGUAAACCUAUGGGGAGGCCUUGCAGAUGAACAACUACAUCGUCCUUGGAAAGAGGAGACUGUCGGUUUCUUUUUUUCAACAACAAAGUUAAUUGCCAGUGUGACAGUAGCUCAUUUAGUAGAAAGGUUGUUUGUAUUUCAUCUCACUUUAUUUUUUAAAUAUCAAGUUUAAAAUGUCAUUUUAUCAAAUGACAUGAAAAUUAGUUUGUUUUUAAAUAAUAACUUGCAUGAGUUUGAAAAGCAUGUCUUAUGCAAUGUGUAAAUCUUACUAAAUUUAUGCAAUUUGUCUUUUUUGGGUAUCAACCACAUUUUGUAAUAUUUUAAAAGCAAUUCUAUAACUUUAUUAGGUAGCUCAGUGCUUUGACUGCUUUAUUUUUAUUUACAUAAGGUUCGACUAAAAGCUAUAACAUUAAUUAAUUAAUUUGUUGUUGGCAUAUUCUGAAACAGAGACCUUUUACGCUAUGAAGACAAAAUUGCCAAGUAUUGGCCUGAAUUUUCUCAAAAUGGCAAGGAUAAUAUAACUUUGGAAAUGUUAAUGUCUUACAAGGUAGAUAUUCAUUAGUAUUUAAUAAAUUUCAACUACCUUUAAUGCAUAAAAUGUAAAUUUAAUGAUAAAAUAAAAAAGUUUUAACUACAUGUACAUUAAAUUGAAUUAAUAAAUAGUCCCAUUUAAUUUUUUUAUAGGCAGGUUUGGCAGCAUUCAGUGAAAAUUUUGAGCUCAAAUGGAUGAGAGAGAAUCCCAAAAAACUUAGUGACUUACUUGCAAAACAAGCCCCAUUAACGGAACCAGGUAGAUAGUUAACUAAUUUGAUGCAUAUAAACCUCUUCUAAAAAAAUCAAAAUACAUAAUUUUAUAUGUAACAGUAACAAUGCUACCAGAUGGUGCAGAAUUCACUAAAUAAAAUUUCAGAUAACUGCACGAAAUGAGAUGUUUUAAAAUAAAGUGAAUGCGUUUGGUGCGUAAUGUUUAUUUUGUUUUAUGGCAAUAUUCAUUGAAUAUUCACAAUUUAAAUAUGGAGUUAUAAUUCUUAAAUCUGCGGUAUAAUAGGGGGUGGGACAUUAGAUUAUUAAUAUAGUUUAGGGGCGUGAAAAAGUGUACAGUUGCAAAAAUUGCGCACUUAUUGUGAUUCUUAUAAAGUGCAUUACUUGAGUGCAUGUUUUGUCAAGUAACUUUAGUAGAUGGGUAGUUCAUCUAUUGUCUGUCCGUCUACUUGAGGAACAGCUUUCCAGGCACAAAUAGGGCUGACAAGCCACGUGUGUAAACACCUUUGAACAUAUUCUUGGUCAUCUUCCCAUGUGAAGGACAAACAACAUGGCUUAUGGUCUAAUAAAUCUGCAGUGUAAAAGGGGGUGUGAAAUUAGAAUAUCAAUAUAGCUCAGGGGCCGUGGUGUACCGAUUAGGGGGUGGGGGGAUGGGGGUACUUAUUCGGACUCUUCUAAAGUGCGUUACUUGAAUGCAUGUUUUGUCAAGUAACUUAAGUCGAUGGGAAGAUUGACGCAUUGGGGCCGCCAUUGUCUGCUGGGCUUUAGUUAGUUGUAGCAGAAAUAUUUUGUCCUAAUUGUAUUUAAAGUUGAAAUUUAUUAUUAUUAUAAAUUAAAAAUUUCAUUAUUCUGACAUAUAUAGAUAAUGUCAUGUGUUUACGGUCCUUAAUCUUUCUUAAGAUAUAUGCAACGUAUUUACUUUCCUUAAUCUUUCAUAAGAUAUAUGCAAUGUGUAUUACUUAAUCUUUCAUAAGAUAUAAAAGUUAAAAGAGAUGAAAGGUUUAUCAAAUGAUAACGUACAAACGAUGUUUAUUAUUUUUUUAAAUAAAAAUUUCUCAGCACUGAAGAACUUGCUAAAUUACUGUUUUACUCAUUAGAACAAUGUACUACAAGCUGAUUGUGUAUUUAGUGACAUGACUAUCAAUUUAUGUUCAGGGGAAUCUGUUGCUUACAGUCCUCAUAUAGUUGGCCUCUAUCUCAGUGAAAUAGUGAAGAGGGUUGACCAGAAAGGGCGUAGCCUGGCUGAGUAUUUCAAAGAAGAAAUUGGUCGACCCUUUGGUAAGUAUACAUUUCAUUUCCUUUACUAUCGUUGGCAUUUAAAAAAUAAACAAUUAAAAUUUGUGGAUUUAGAUUAAUUCAUUGAUAAGAAAUAUAUCUCUGCAUCAAUAGUGCUUUGUCAUUAAAAAAUGUGUCCCACAAUGGAAGUUGAAUUUCAAUAUGUAUGUGCUUUUCUUAUCUAUUUGCUUAAAAUGACUGAGAUUUUAUAAUUUGUGAAUAGGUGAUGGUCAAAGUAAACAGAAAAAAUUAAUCAUUUAAGUCGGAUCUGGACACAUAUCCUCUCAUUGCUUUUCCCGUAACCAAUUGUCCGGUGGCAGAAAAAAUAUGAAUCAUUUUAAAUACGUUAAAAUAUAAAUUUCAAAUAGAAUCGCUAUAAUAAAAUAAAUUUUUCAAAAUAAUUUUAGUGGGCAUAGAAAAUAGUGUUGUCGGAAUGUUAAUUUCUAAAAUAAAUCAGUAUCUUAUUAUAGCUUUGAUUCAAAUUUAUUAAUUAAUGUUACAGGCAUAGAUUUUUACAUUGGUUUACCUAAACAUCUUCAGUACAGAGCAGCUAGACUUGAACCAAAGACAGUGGCCAAAGAGGACCUUAUGAAAAUGAUGGAAACAUUCAAAGGAGAUAUUUCUUUGUAUCGGCUGGCAUUCUCACAGCCAAAGGACUUUCUUUCUGUAUGUUCUUGUUUACAUUAAAUAGGUUAAAAUUUAGCUAUUGAAUAUUUGAGUUUAAAAAAAAAAAAAAAAUUCAAUUUACAUUCAUAAAUUUUGGAGCCACAUCCUUUCUUCAUAUUAAGCAAGUAAUGGAUAUAGCGGAACAAGAUAUGUUUUGGCUUGAAAUGAAAAGACAGGACAGUUAAAAUUAUUAAUUAAUAUAUUUGUAACACCAAUUAGUGAUCUUGUUGAGCAAAGAAAUAUUUUGAUCGAACUCAUUGACUCCAUUUGAGAAAUCUGGAAAACUUCAGAAAUUAUUUUAUAACACUACCUUUUUCUUUAAAAAAAUUGAAAAAAAUCAUCAACGCCUGCAAACAUACUUUACCAAUUAACAUAUUUAUUGUCGUUAAUAUAAAAGUGAAGAUAAAUUUGUCUGUUUAUUAAAAUCAUCACUGUAUCUUCACUUUAAAAGAAAUCAAACGUAAACAAUUUCAGACCCGAAGUAUGAAUGGCCCAGACUUCAUGUGUUUACCAAAUCCUUCAAGUCACGGCGUCGGAUCUGCACUUGGAGUUGCCAAACUCGCAGGUAUACUUGCUAAUGGCGGGAAACAUGAGGGCAAAACAUUGCUCUUACCAGAGUCCAUAGCUCGACUACAGGAACCGAUGUCUCACGGAAUAGAUCUCACAACUGGAGGAUCUAACAUCAAUGGCAGAGGAACGUGGUUGAUUCCUGUUGUUGAAGGACAGAAGGUACAAAUAUUGGGAUAAAACUUAAAUAAAUUUUGCAGCUCAUGGAACUAAUUUUUAUAUCAAUUUACUAUUGUUAAAAUAAUCAUGUAAUUAACCAAUCUAUUUGACAAGGGCAGAUUUAUAAGUUAGUUUUACCAAUGAUUUGUACCACUUCUUCAAGCAACCUUUCUUGAAAUAACUCUAAAAUAAUGUGUGUUAAAUCUUAAAAAUGUAUGUUUAGCCUACACUGAUUAAUAUCCACUAGACCUAUCUACUAGCUGGAUGAUCCAGCACUACCUACUGGUUGGAUGACCCAGCACUUUUCAAUAGAUACAAAUCAUUUUGGACUGAAUUAAACAACACACUAGCUAUUCUAUGGCAUUUACAUAUUUUUUUAUGAUUUCUUGAUGUAAAUAUUCUUGAAGAUGACAAAAUCUUAUUUUCAGAUGUGGUGCAUGUUUGGCCAUGCUGGGUUUGGGGAUCAGUGUGGCGCUGCAGAUCCUCAUUACAAAGUGGGCUGGGCCUACACCACUAACUACAUCGACCAAACUGUGGCUUACACGAAUGUCAACAAGUGGCGAGCUCUACUCGAUGUGCUCUUUCAGUGCAUUCACAAACUGGAAGGGAUAGAUGUAGAAAGAAGAUUGUUAUUUUCAUAUACAGAAGUUGAGAAGGAGAGAAGGUCUUUAACACAGACAAGCAAAUUGUGAUAUGAACAUUAUUUAUUUUGAUAUGGAGAGAAUUGUAGCUUUCUUCAUAUCGUACAAAAUUCCAGAAACUUCCAAUAAAAGCCAAGGUAACUAAUAACAUACAUCAUUAUUUGAAUUUAUUGAAUGCUACUGUUACCAUUUUUUAUUGUCGUUAGGGCAUCUUCAUUCUGCUUUGUGAUAUUUCAUGGUAAAUCAAGUUAACAUUGGACAUGCCUUACCAUACCUUAGCUUUCUGUUCUUCUUACCUUUGAUUUUGUGAGGGACUUGUGCCCACCAUUUUUAUUUUUUUAAUAGGUAGGAUAUAUAGUAUAAUUGACACUGCUUUUUUGUUAUUCUGUUUUACCUGUGAAGGCAUUUGCAGAAACAUUUAGAUUUGUAUCUUGUCUUCAAAUAUUUGUCUUAUUCUCCUGGUUCUGAGUGUAUUCCCUACUUUUAUUUGUGGUUAUUGUAACAUUUUAAUAAUGUUUGCA